UGCAAGAGAGUGGGACAAAAACUUGUUUUUUCAUCUUCAAACUUGAGAGAAAAUUGACCUAUUAAUAGGGAAGAAAAGGAUAAAGAUUAGUUCAUUGACACCUCAUUGACAACCUCAGCAUAGAUUGGUAUUGUUUUUUCACAUUGCAAUUCGUUAAGCCUUGAUUUUCUUUCAUGCAUGUUCUUUCAUAUCAAAAUUGUAACUCCUCUGCAAUUCUUCUAACAUCCUUGGUACAUUUCCAAAUUCCAAGCCAAGGUUUUAACAAUCAAUCAUUAUAUUAGCAAGAGAUUUUGUUUUGUCCAUUUCCCAUGGUGUAACAAAACAUCUCUUUUCCUUAAAUAAUUGGCAAAGCAUGAAGCUUUUCCAAUUUGGGAAUUACAAUAGGUGAAAGAAAGAUGAUGAUUUUCAUUGUAACUAGGCUUCAUACCUAGUUCUACCAAUUGUAAUUCUCUUCAACAAAACAACCAUUAAAGGGCCAAAGAAGGAUCAAGUAUCAAUCCUAUAUGCAAUGGCGAAUUCUCUUAUAGGAGCAGUGCCAAUAUCCAUUCCUGAUCGCCGGUCGAGGAGGACUGGUCUGCCGAACAAGGAUGAGGUGGCGAAAAGAGAGGCUGCAAGGAAAGAUGCCCUUCAGAAUUAUGUCACCUUUGUGUAUCAUACAAACUUAGCAGAUUCUUAUCGUAGUGUUGUUGUGACAUGGUGCAAGAGUCCCACAGAACAUUCCCUUUCUAUGAGCCUUGAAGAGCCUUCUGCUUCUUCCUCUGUUUCAACCAAGUUCACCUGCAAGAUUGAUUUCGAAUCCGGCCAUUCGUGGGGGAAAAAGGGCCUUAAGUCCUUUGAAAUAGAGAAGGCAAGAAUAGAUAUCUUCUGGGAUUUCCGGCACGCGAAAUUCUCCAACAAUCCACAGCCUUGCUCGGGCUAUUACGUUGCCUUGGUGCACAAGAAAGAGGUGGCUCUGUUGCUAGGAGAUUUAGAAAAGGAUGCUUAUGAAAGAACCAAAUCAACACCAUCACCUGAAAAGGCUACCUUGUUGUGCAAGAAAGAAAAUGUGUCUGGAAAGAAGAUGUUUUGCACCAAGGCAAUGUUACACGACGGCGAAGAGGAACAUGAUAUUGUCAUUGAGACCUCGCUAUCCGGGCCGGAUGAUCCGGAAAUGUGGAUCACCAUAGAUGGCAUGUUGACAAGUAGGAUCAUGAACCUCAAUUGGAGGUUUAGAGGGAAUGAAAUUCUCAUGGUGAAUAACUUGCCAGUUCAUAUGUUUUGGGAUGUUCAUGAUUGGUUAUUCAAUGAGAUUGGUCCAUCAGGGCGUGGUGUGUUUAUCUUUAAGCCUGGAUCCUUGAAUCCUUGUAGCUCAGAAAAAUCUGAAAUAGCAGGGGAGACUCCAUCUCUCAUAGGUUUUUGCCAUUUCUUGUAUGCUUGGAGAACUCAGAACUAGUUCAGAUUAAGAUUCUCCAAUCUUGUAAUACCAAAUUUUACUAGCAUUAUUCUCUCUAUUCACCUACCAUAAUCUUUUUUCUUUUCUUC